CAGAAGUGGGAAGCAUGCGCCUUACAGCUAGGAGUUAGAUCAAGCGUUUUAUUUGAUUAAGUUGGUAAACUAGACAUUGGUAACUUAUACUAACCAUGUAAUUGUAAGUAACGUUGUUCCAGGUGCGUUGAAUCAAGCUGUAAGUGCGUUAAACGAAUCAGAUCUUGAUUACCUUGUGUGAGCCUAAUUCUCAUGUACUGUUUAGGGAAGCGUGAUCUGUUAUUGAUCUUUGUUUUCCAUAACGUUUUAUUUCGCUUGUGAUUAGUUAAAGUUGGUAUCACGGUAAGUUCUGAGUAUCAGGCGGAUUUAGGUCUAAUCACGGGUGUAAACAGUCUCGAUCAUAAUGCCUGUCCGGUGUAGCAGCUGUGCGCAAAACCGAGCCGUUCUCAAGCGGCCCAAGACCGGCCACUCGCUCUGCAAGUCCUGCUUCUUCUGGGCGUUUGAAGAAGAGAUCCACCAAACCAUCGUGUCGUCCCGGCUGUUUAACCGCGGAGAGACCGUGGGGAUCGGUGCAUCCGGGGGGAAGGACUCUACCGUCCUGGCUCAUAUGCUGAAAGUGCUGAACGAGCGGUAUGAUUACGGUCUGAACCUGCUGCUCAUCUCCGUGGACGAGGGCAUCACGGGCUACCGGGACGAUUCUCUAGAGACGGUGAAGAGGAACCAGCAGCAGUACGACCUGCCCCUCACCAUCGUCUCUUAUGAGGAGCUUUACGGUUGGACCAUGGACGCCAUCGUCAAGCAAGUGGGCCUGAAGAACAACUGCACCUUCUGCGGUGUGUUCCGCAGACAGGCCCUGGAUAGAGGAGCCAUGAUGCUGAAAGUGGACAAGAUCUGCACAGGUCACAAUGCAGACGACGUGGCGGAGACAGUCCUAAUGAAUGUGCUCCGUGGUGACAUUGCACGUCUGCGUCGCUGCACCGCGAUCAGUACAGCCAGUGACGGAGACGGUGCUAUACCGCGCUGCAAGCCUCUCAAAUACGCCUACGAGAAGGAGAUUGUUCUCUACGCCUACUUCAAAAAGCUGGACUAUUUUUCCACCGAGUGCAUAUACUCACCCAAUGCCUACCGCGGCCAUGCGCGUGCCUUCCUUAAAGACCUGGAGGCGGUCAGGCCCAGUGCCAUUAUUGACAUCAUUCAUUCAGGUGAGAAUCUGUCUGUGAAGGAAGGCAUUAAGAUGCCCGUGCAGGGAACGUGCUCACGCUGCGGCUACAUCUCCAGCCAGUUACUGUGUAAGUCCUGCGUGCUGCUGGAGGGCUUGAAUCGAGGUUUACCGAAAUUAGGCAUUGGUAAACACCACCGGCUCCACGGCAAGAUCUUGGCCCAGCAACCUUUAACUGAACAGGAAGAGAAAAAACUAAAAGCGCUAGACUUUUAAUGGAGCGAGAGACUUUUAAUGUGGCCUUAUGACUUUGGGUUUGGUUAGGGAUGAGAAUUUUAUUUUGUUGUACUGCAAAAGUUAACUUAUUCUGGUAUCGUACAAUAAAGUGUAAACGUGAAACCUUUACAUGCUGCAAAGCAAAUGCCCAGAUGUUAUUGACUGGUCAGGUAAUGCCCUGUAUUUUUAAAGCAUGAGAGACAAGUUGGUAUUUGGUAGCAUGAACUUGUACACUCACUUUAUUAAUGUUGGAGGUAUGUUUGACACUGCACAGCAAUAAAGUAACAACAAAUAAGUAA